AUGUUCGGGAUUCAAGAACAGCUGAUCAGAGAAGUGAACGGAAUAAAAGAGGAUCAUCUUGGAGCGGAGAUGGAUUCGGUCCGGUCCUGGGUACGGAAUGUAGGAGUGGUGGAUGCGAACGUAGCGGCACAAAGCGGAGUGGCCCUGUCUCGGGCACAUUUCGAGAAGCAGCCCCCGUCCAACUUGCGGAAGUCCAACUUCUUCCACUUCGUGCUGGCGCUGUACGACAGGCACGGCCAGCCCGUGGAGGUGGAGAGGACAGCCUUCGUGGACUUUGUGGAGCACGAAAAGGAGCAGACAGGAGAGAAGACAAACAACGGCACUCACUACAAACUGCAGCUCCUGUACAGCAAUGGGGUGCGGACAGAGCAGGACCUGUACGCACGACUCAUCGACUCAGUCACAAAACAGCCCAUCGCAUAUGAAGGACAGAACAAGAACCCAGAGAUGUGCAGAGUGCUGCUCACCCAUGAGGUCAUGUGCAGCCGCUGCUGCGAGAAGAAGAGCUGUGGCAACCGUAACGAGACCCCCUCAGACCCCGUCAUCAUCGACAGGUUCUUCUUGAAGUUUUUCCUGAAGUGUAACCAGAACUGUCUGAAGACUGCAGGAAACCCUCGGGACAUGAGGAGGUUCCAGGUGGUCCUGUCCAGCACGGUGAGCGUGGAUGGGCACGUCCUGGCUGUGUCUGACAACAUGUUCGUCCACAACAACUCCAAACACGGGAGGAGGGCUCGCCGUCUGGAGCCGGGAGAGAGCGCGGAGAACAACAUGGAGUAUGCCACCCCCUGCAUCAAAGCCAUCAGCCCGAGCGAGGGCUGGACCACAGGGGGCGCCAUGGUCAUCGUCAUCGGCGAGAACUUCUUCGACGGGCUCCAGGUGGUGUUCGGGAGCAUGCUGGUGUGGAGCGAGCUGAUCACUCCUCACGCCAUACGGGUCCAGACCCCGCCCAGGCACAUCCCGGGGGUGGUGGAGGUCACACUGUCCUACAAGUCCAAGCAGUUCUGCAAGGGCGUGCCGGGCCGCUUCAUCUACACAGCUCUGAACGAGCCCACCAUCGACUAUGGCUUCCAGAGACUCCAGAAGGUCAUUCCCAGACACCCCGGGGACCCCGACAAACUGGCCAAGGAGAUGUUGUUAAAGAGGGCUGCAGAUCUGGUGGAAGCUCUGUAUGGAAACCCCCACAGUAACCAGGACAUGCUGCUGAAGAGGGCGGCGGACAUCGCCGAGGCCCUCUAUAGCGUUCCCCGGCCCCACAGCCAGCUGCAGGCUCUGCCCAGCUCCCCGGCCCACGGCAGCGUGAUGGGCAUCGGCUCCUACCCGUCCCAGCUGGGCGUCAGCAUUGGGGAGCCCGGACAGCCUGGCGCACAGGGGUACAUUCGGAGCUCCAGUAGUCUGUCCCCUCGGGGAUACCCCUCAGCCUCCACCCCCCAGCAGUCGGGGUACGGGGGCGGAGGGGGCAUGGGCGGGGGGUACGGGGCAGUGCCCAUGUCCAGUCUGGGGGUGCCAGGGUCCCCCGGGUUCAGCAGCGCCUCCCCCACAGGAUCCCCCUACGGCAUCAUGCCCUCCAGCCCCACCAUCCCGGGGUCCAGCUCCUCCUCCUCCCUCCUCCCCUUCUCCUCCUUCCCCUCCUCCGCCAAACAGAAGAGUGCUUUCGCCCCCGUCCUGAGGCCCCAGGGGUCUCCCUCCCCUGCCUGCCCCGUCUCCGGGGGCAACAGCUUCAGAGCGAUGACAGGCCUGGUUGUCCCUCCGAUGUAG